AUGUCACAUAGAAAUACCUCAGAAGAAUUAUACAUUAAUAUUGAAGUACCAGAUUCCCGUAAAAGAUUUACAAUUACCUAUGAAAAAAAUGAAAAUGAUAAUGAAAGUUUAGUUAUAUUAGUUCCAAACAAUUUAACAUUUUCAGGAUUAUUAGGACAAAUUAUUAAUAGAUUCAAAUUAGAGGCUAGUGACAAAUCAAAGAUUAGAGUUAAAACUAAUGGCCACAGAGUUAAAAACUUAUUAAAUUCAUAUAAUAAUCAAGUUUUUAAUUUCACCAUUAGUAAUAUAGUAGACCAAGACCCAGAAGAUGAAGAAACAUCAGAAAGAGCCUUAACCAAAUCUGAAGAAAAUAACUUUUUUCAAGAGGAAUUAAGAGAACGUCAAAAGAAAGCAGCAUCAGAGUUUUUACAAUUAUUCAAAUCUGGCACUAGUAAUAGAAAUAUAUUUUAUAAUAAAAUUAUCGUGCCACUUCUAAAAAGCAAAGGAGAUAAUAGAAUUGUAAUUGUCGGUGAAUCCUAUCCAUAUCGUUGUAAGGUUAUUAUUUUAAAUUCAAAUAAAGACACCAGAGUAGUUUUAUAUUUUAUUGAACAACCAUCUAAUGGCUCAUUAAAUUACAAGACCCAAGUUUUUAUUGAAGAAAAUAAACCAAAAUCAAAAUUAACAAUUAAUCAAAUUGAAGAAGUUAUUAAUGAACAAUAUAAAACCAAUAGAACCAAUGUCGUAGAAAUCGUUACCAAGGUAGAGCAAUUGUAUAACGACAACGUUCCAAAUAUUAUUUAUUAUGAUAUGUCACCAGAAGCUUUAGAUUUAUUCUCAGAGAUCAAGAGUGCCAAAACUGAAUCUCAAAAUGUAGCUGUAUCAACUAUUUAUAACAAAACUGAAAGUAUCUCAUCAUUUUAUGAUAUUCCAUAUUCAUUUUCAAAGAAUCUUUUAUGGCAAAAUAAAUUUGAAACCAAAAAAAUCAAAGGAAAUGGCGAUGAAAAAAAUAUCUCUAUUAUUAGAAGCUUAAGUUUCCCACACAAAGCCAAGGAUAUUAGUUUAUACAGAUUCAAAAAUGUUGUUGAAGUUUUACCAAAGGGUUCCCAAAUUGAAUGUCCAAUUUGCUUUUGUGAAUACGAUAAUAAAGAAACCAUCGAGUUAAUUUGUGGUCAUAGAUAUUGUAAUGGUUGUUUAUCUCAAUACUUUUUGACCUCAGCCAACGAUGGUAAUGGUAAUAGAAUUCAAAUUACUUGUCCACAUUUAGGUUGUUUAAAUAAAUGUAUCGAUGAAGUCACCAUUGAAACCUGCUUACCAUCAAAAAAAGACACUUCAAAUAUGCUCAAAGGUAUGAUCAAAGAUUAUACUUUUAAUGUCGCAGGAACUUUUCCUUGUCCAGAGGCCAAUUGUGGAAGAUUAAUUUUAAAUUUAAAAUCAGUCACUGGUAUGUUACCUUAUGUUAAUUGUGACACUCAUCACUUUUGUCUUCUCUGUAAGAAAUCUGGUUAUCAUUGGCCAUUACUAUGCACCAAUACCUCAUCAGAUUCAAAGGAACUCUUUUCAUACAAAUGGAUUUUAGAAAACACUACAAUUUGUUCAAGCUGUCAAUAUCCAAUUGAAAAAAACAGUGGUUGUGACCAUAUGACUUGCUCUAGAUGUAAAUAUCAAUUUUGUUAUCGUUGUGGUUCAAAGUAUCAAUAUCCUCAUGAUUGCAACAAUAGCCAACAUGCUAAAAUUAAAUUUUUCUUCAACACCUUUUCAAGUAAAGCAUUCGAUAUCGAUUUGAGUUUUAUGGAAGAGUUUUUCAAGAGAGGUGACUUUCAAACUCACGAUCCAUUAGUAAAUCAUUUAUACCGUUCAUUUGUUUCAAUUAUCACUGAAAAGAAAUUUAAAUGCAAAAGACAUCUUCAACUUUUAGAAAAUGCUAUUUUCUCACUUUACACUUACAGCAACCGUCCACAAAAUAUGGAAAAGUUUAACUCUCUACAUGCCAAGUCAGCAUUAAAGAGAUUAUUACGUGAAAACAAUUUGGGUUCAAGCUACCUUGCAAGAAACAAAGGUCCAAAAAUUAGAUCUUUAUCUGCUAACAUCUGUAUCAACGGUUCAAAGAAAGUCUUAGCAAAUAUCUUUGUAAAUACCCAAUUUCAUGAUUUUAAACAAGAAAUUGCAACCCAAUUAAACAAAUUGCCAUCAGCAACCGGUUCUGAACCAUUUGAUCCAAAGAAACUUAGAGUCUACAAUAUUUAUGGUGGUCAAAUUAAAAACUCCCUUGAAGUAUUAGAUAGUGAACCAUUAUUUAUCUCAAAAUCAAUUAAUGAACCAUUCGUUAUUCCAGAGUUUCCAACUUUAACUCCAGAAGAAAUCGAAGAAGCCAAAAAGAAGAUUGAUGAAGAAAAGGAAAAAGAAGUUGUUAUUCAAAUUGGUAAAAAAUUCAAAAAAUUCACCGAGUUAAGAUCAAAAGAAAAAAGAUCACAAGAUAAAUCAAAACUUUUUGAAAAAGAAACUACUCAAUUAAAAAUUCAAGAGCAAUUAAUCAAUGAUCGUCAAGUUAAAGUUGAUGAAGCAACUGAUGGUAAACCAAUCGACCAAUAUUCAUAUUAUUAUAAGAAUAAUGAUGGUAUUUAUAGUGAUGAAGAUUCAAGCUCUGGUGAUGAUGAUAAUGGUGACGAAGGAGAAGAAGAUGUCAAUGAACUCUUACUUAAUGAAUUUAUCAAUAUUGACUCUGGUAGCUCAUCCUCAGAAUUUGAAGAUGAUAAUGAGAGCGCAUUUGUUAAAGAGGCCAAGCAAGCUCAACAACAACAAGAAACCAUUGAUAAAGAACAAAGACAAAUUGAAAUCGUUAUUAAAGUAUUAGAAUUUUUCCAAGAUGACCACAAUAAUGGAUUAGACUUUGAAAAGGUAUUCGAUGUUUGUUUUGAUGCCAAAAACCUUUCACAUGCCAUAAAAUUAGUUACCAAAUACUUGGACGAAACUGUAUACAGCAAGCAAUAUGGUCUUAGCCAAGAACACAUUUUAAUCAAGCAAGUUUUAAUUGACCUUUAUCCACAUGUAUCACACAACGUCAUCGAUACUGCAAUUAAAGAAUCUGGAUGCAAUUUAGAAAAAGCAAAACAUUGGAUUUUACAUAAAUUCAUUAAGCAACAAAAAAGAAAACAAAAACAACCACAACAACCACCAAAAACCACUACUUUGGUCACCUCUGCCAUCACAACUAAUGUCAAUAAUAACAAUAACAAUCUUUACCAAGAUAUCAUCGAAGAUGAAUAUCAUGAUGAGGACGGUUAUGAUGAUGAAGAAGAUAAAAUUAAUUCUAAACUUUAUCCUAAAUAUAAAUGGUAUUAA